UUGACAAGUGCCACGAUAAAUAAGUGAUCUUUUCCGCACGGUUAUCUUACAUUUCUACCAAAACUGAUCAAUUUUAGCCUAAGUUUUUGGCUUCAAAUUAUCGAUAAAUGUUUGUAAAUUAUAGUGAUGGCUGCAUCAAGUGAUAGCGACGAGAAGACAAGAAGGGAACUGAUUCAGAAGAGGCAUUACUUUCUGUUGCAUGAGCUACAAAACAUGGCCAAAGAGUUACCUGGAAACUAUCAGCAACGCUUGUCUUACGAUCUGCUCUCAAGCCUGGCCAGUUCUCUUCUGGACAACACAGUGUUUGAGAUAGUAACAGGGCUUCGUGAGGUUCAGGAAAUGGAAGAAAGGUGUCUCUUCAAUCAGCGAGUCAGGAGUGUCAAUGAAGCCAAAGCCGCUAAACAAGAAAUGAAAGUGAAGCACAAGGAGAAGCUACAGACAAAUAUGAGCAAACCACAUUUGAUAGCCUCAAUAGAGAUUCAACAGCAGAAGGAGUUGGAGGCUCUCAUAAAGAAACAAGAGGACGACCUGAAGCGAAAAGAUAUGAAGAUCAUCAUGGAGUUGGAUCAGAAGACGAUGGACCAACAAGUUAUGCUGGAGAAGGCUGGAGUACUGGGGUUCUUCGUAACCAAUGACCCAAAGGAGGUCAGACUCCAAAUGUACCUUUUGGACUUCAUCACAAGGCUGAGUCAUAUGGACCUACCUUCUUGACAGUAGUGUAUUUGGUGAUAGUACAUGUCUAGCUGUCAAAAUGGCAAGAGGAGCACGUGACAUCAGCCGUGUUACAGCCUGCCCCUAAAUGACAGGACUUUCAGUCACUGAACUCUCUUAGGAAAA